GACUGGUUGAAUGAUUCAAAGUGUCGGAGGUUAUGAUUAAAGUUGUUGUAUUUCUGGUGGUAGACAAGUAACUUGUGGUUGGGCUGCACAAUUUGUGGUUUACUUAUUCUAUAAAUAUUAUUUAUGACUGAAGUCAAAGUCUCCGCAUCACACGACAUCGAGUCGAGUCGAGGCCGAAGGAUGAAAUAAAUUUGCGCUUGCCUUGUGUGUCAAGACUUUAAAAUCACCAAGAAUCUCAGGUUGCAAAUUUGACAGGACUUCAUCUAGAAUCCAUCACAUAUAAUCAUGGCAACAUAUGGGAAAGGAUCAUUUGAUGGUUUUACUCCUUACCAGGGUGACUCCAGAGAGGGUGGAGGGUCUGAUUUCUCCAAGCUGUCCAGGGACAUCAGUGGCAACAUCCAGAAGAUCACCCAAAAUGUUUCACAGAUACAAAAGUUUGUCAGUCAGAUUGGCACUCCCCAAGACUCUGAUGACUUACGACAAAGAGUACACCAGACGACUCACUACACCCAUCAGUUGGCCAAGGAGACCAGCACCUACCUAAAGAAUUUGGCACAUUUACCAACGCCCUCAUCGCAGUCAGAGCAACGACAAUGGAAAAUGCAGAAAGAGAGACUGACUGAUGAGUUCAGCAAUGCCCUAAAGAAUUUCCAGACCACUCAGAGGACAGCAGCCGAGAGGGAAAGAGCUAGCGUUCAGAGAGCCCGGGCUCACUCCGGUCUCGAGAAGUCUCCUUUUGACGAUGAGCCAUAUCGUGAUGAGCCCAUGUCAGGAGCUGGGUUCUCCCAGACACGCCAGGUGCUUCAGAUGGAGCAGGAUGUCGACCUGGAGCUCAUCAAGGAGCGGGAGGAUGCCAUUAAGAAACUGGAGAGUGAUAUAAUGGACGUGAACCAAAUCUUCAAGGACCUGGGGAUGCUGGUUCAUGAACAGGGAGAGGUGCUGGACAGCAUAGAAGCCAACAUUGACAAUGCUCAGCUGUCUGUUGAGGAAGGUACCAAGCAGCUGAGUAAAGCUAGGGACUAUCAGUCCAAAGCCAGACGAAAGAAGUGCUGCAUUUUUGUGAUUAUUGUAGUCAUUCUUGCUAUUAUAACCACGAUCAUUGUCGUCUCCGUGAACCAAUGAGUAAAGGCGAGGAUCAUCUCGGGCCAAGUCGCGCCGGAAGUGCUGCAUUUUCAUCAUCGUUAUUAUCUUCAUCAUCCUCAUCUUGGCCCUGGUCAUCUAUCUGGCUGUCAAGUGAAUGAUGUGACGGUUGCUGUUUUCCUCCUUCACCUGUGCCCGUCUUUUUUUUUUUCCUUUGCUUUCUAAGAUCCCCCCACCCACUUUCCCUCCCCCUCCCCCCUCCUUCCUCCCGCCCACCCAAGGACUCAUCCUACUUCCACAUCAUGUAUGAAGUGGUGGGUUUCAUUUGCACCCCCUAUUUAUUUCUGAAGACUUGGGGGGGGGGGGGGGAACCCCCCCCCCCCCCCCCGUCUAUUAUUUUCCUCUUGUAAUGUAUGUGGAGCUCUGAAGAGACCAAGAUGUGUGAAAUGUUGCUGUGUGCCGUCUGGGAUGUGUACAGGGUGGGAGUUGUCAGUUUGGUUACCGGCUGAACAAUGUAAUUGUUGUCAAAAGUUGUUAUUUAGCAACGGUCACUGGAUGGUGAAAUGUCCUGGAGAGUGAAGCGUUCUCUUUCGUAGGGUUUCCUCUGUAUGCAUGGUGUCGUCACAGUAUGUUAGUGGAACCUGUUGACUUUACUCGAGACUUCACCGCGGCAUUUGUAGCAAAGUGACCAACACUGAAGUUUAAAAAUGUGUCUAUAAAUGAUCAUUCUUGGAAUCUGGUGUAUAUGUGAUCUUUUUUUUUCUACCCUAUAUAAACUUAAAAGAAUUGUGUUUUGACGCAGUGGAAUCAGGCACUCGUCAAUUUAUGGGCAUGUAGAGUUGUUUUGUAAUAUCUUAUGGCCUGUUCAUCUGUCUUGCUUUUUAAUGAAAAUAAAUACCCAUCUGUCCU